AUGUCAAAUCCAGAGUUAGUUUUUGCCUCGAAAACUCAGGAAGAAGAGACCAAAUCCGCAGUUGCAGCUCGACCCUCGUCGGAAGAUCCAAAAGGGUGUCCAAAUAUCACGCAAAGCUCCAAUCUUUUGGACUUCCAAGAUUUUCAAGAUUUGCAGAGGGAGACGGCUUCAAAGCCAAUGGGGGAUAAUGACGGCUUCAAAACCCCAACUUCUUUGAAGCACAAAAUCCCAGAGAUGAUCACGUGUCCACCUGCGCCAAAGAAAAACCAAAUACUCAUCACCAGCACAGUGAAAGGCAGUGUUAUCGUCUUCAAGAACCCUCGAAGGAGUCUUCAAUUCGAUGGAUCAGUAUAUACUAGGGGUUGA